CGACCACAAUGACUGAAAAAUGUCCCAAGAGGCGCAAGAAGCCGCAAAUGCACCCGGAAGACAUCAUAGACUCAGCAAACGCCCUUUCGCCCGAGAGUUUCGCGAAUCGCUUCUUUCCACCCACGGACGCGCUUACGCGCUACAAAGACUACGACAUCACGCUCAAGCCAGUCACCCACCUGGACUCAGAUGAGUUGGAGCAGUGCUUUAGGCUCAUUGAGCAUACGUCUAUCGAUGCGUACAAGGCGUCGUCUCGUGGAUGGAACCCUAAGGACAAACGGCAAGAAAUGAAAGAGGAGAACAUGCAGUAUUUGCUUGUGCGCAGGCGGCCAUGUGCUCAUCCUGUGAGCAAUGGAGAUAAAGAGGAGGACACCAAUGACGUAAAGUUAUCUGAAGGGCGAGAUGUCGGAGAGGCGCAUAUUGUAGCCUUCCUCGCGUUCAUGCUCACCAUCGAAGAUGACUACCCGGUCAACUACAUCUACGAAAUACAUAUGUAUGGGGAGGAACGCGGACGCGGACUCGGACAACAUUUGAUGCAUAUCGCACAACGCGUAGCAGAAGAGGCCGAAGUUGCUAAGGUGAUGCUCACCGUUUUUACGAGCAACGCUGCGGCGAUGGGUUUCUAUCGUAAGCUAGGUUUCGACGAGGACGAGUAUAGCCCUCCUGCGAAGAGGCUUAGAGGCGGAAAAGUCAAACGACCGUCGUAUAUGAUUAUGAGUAAGAGCGUGGAUUAGCAAUGGAUUUUUGAAUAAACCUCUGGAGAAGUUAAUUUCCCUCCAUGAAAACGGAUGUCUACGGCUACUGACAUAACUGUAGUUUGGAAACUGCUUUCUAGCCAAUGACAAGCCGUAGUUGCGAACCGUGCGACCAGGGCAUCGCUUCGAAGCUCGUCAUAAAGCGGGGGUGA